AUGCCUUCCGUUACCAAGGCGGUCACAACGCUGGUCUUUCUCGCUUCUGCUGCAAUUGCCCUUCCCGUUCAUGUCGCUCGCCAACAGACCAGUGAAUGCGCGACUGGUACGUGGUACUACUCUUGUAACACUAACGUCGGCUGUUUCGAUCACGAUCCUUGUGCCAAACCCACUGCUGUUUCUGGCGGAACUCCCGAAAAGGCGAAGGACAAGCCCACUGCGACAACAACAUCAUCGUCGGUCAAGACCAUCGUCCCUGCCACGUUGUACGACAUUUACCCUGAGAAUCCCGACGAAUCUAGUGGCCCGGUCAACGGCGUGCAUCUCGAGACCUGGAAGGACAAGUCUCAGGUUGAGCAAGUGAUCUUCUUCAAGAACAUCCCCGCAGACGCAAAGAACUGCAAUCUGUCUUGGCGUCAAGGCCCUCGGUACUCUCGAAGAUUCUUCGUCAAGAAUAGCGAUGCACAAGCUGAUGCACGACCUCUAUCUGGUUUCCCGAGAACGAUCUUCUCUUUCUGGGACGACCGCAAGGAAGACGUGCAUCUUGUCGGGGGUGUAGACUGUGCUGAGACUGUUUCCUUCAUUGUUGGACUCCGAAAUGCCAAGGGCGAUUCCCAGGUCUACCUUGAGCAAGAUGAACAUGAGAACGGCUGGACUCUUACUUACCAUUAA